CAUGGAGGAUUGGACUAGAUGCAAACAAUCUUUUGAUUCGUGGAGAUUCAUCUUUGUUCAGAAACUUUAGUAAUGGCGAGUGGAACAGAGGAGGAGAAGAAAUGGGAGGAGGCGCUAUAUAAAAUGCUUCCUCCUAGUUCUUCCUUACCUGACGAAGAUCACGUUGACUACUCGAUCGCUUUUGAGUACCUAGGUCCUCCAGUCUCUUACGAUCUUCCCAAGGUCGAACCUCUCGGUGUUGAUUUGAUCUCGAUUCCAACUGCUUCUCUGGUUUCUGUUUCUGAUGCUUCUUCUUCUCCAAUCGCUAGGAUUGCUGUACCAGUUAUGCCUGUGGCUUCUAAGGUUCCUAAGUUUAGUAAAUUCGUUAAUGGAGGCCCAGGCGUAGGCUCUAACUCGAUAAUGCGAAUUGAAUCGAAGGGAGAGGAGACAGAAGAAACUGAUUGCGGAGAUGGAGGAGAUGAAGCUGCAGCGUUGUCAUCGGUUCGAGAUCCUAGCUCAGUCUCUUCUACUGCUUUCUGUGAUUCGCCGCAGAAGCCGAAGCGACCAGAGGUUGUGACUUUCCUUUCUGAAGAAGAGUGGAAUAAGGAUGAUGAGGAUGUGGAGUUGUCUUCUUCUAGGUCCCGCGUUACAGAUCAGGCGCAGUCAACAUCCCCUGUUUUGGUUCGGGAACGGGGGAAGGAAAGGAAGAAAGGAGUGUGUAGCAGAUGUGAGAAAGGGAAUUGGUUGAAGGAGAGGGAGGCUUGUUUGGUUUGUGAUGCCAGUUACUGUAGAAAUUGCGUGCUUGAGGCCAUGAGUUCCAUGCCUGAAGGUCGUAAGUGUGUGAGCUGCAUUGGGCAACCUAUAGAUGAGUCGAAGCGGUCGAGUUUGGGGAAGUGUUCGAGGAUAUUGAGCAGACUCUUUAGUCAUAUAGAGGUUAAGCAGAUUAUGAAAAUGGAGAAGGAAUGUUCGGCAAACCAGGUUCGACCGGAGCAAAUAAUUGUCAAUGGAAGGGAACUUGGGCGAGAAGAAUUGGCUGAGAUUUUGGGUUGUCCUAUCCCUCCCCUGAAGCUGAAACCAGGGAAAUACUGGUACGACAAGGACUCUGGGCUUUGGGGAAAGGAAGGAGAGAAGCCUGAUAGGAUCAUAAGUUCGAAACUGAACGUUGGUGGAAAGAUGCGCGAGAAUGCGAGUAAUGGGAACACACAAGUCUACAUCAAUGGCCGUGAAAUCACAAGGAUAGAGCUUAGGGUGCUUAAGUUGGCUAAGGUCCAGUGCCCUCGGGAUACUCAUUUUUGGGUGUAUGAUGAUGGAUCUUACGAGGAAGAAGGUCAGAAUAACAUAAAAGGAAACAUAUGGGGAAAGGCGUCGACUCGUUUCAUGUGUUCAUUAUUCUCAUUGCCUGUACCACCGUUAAACACUAAUGGGCCAAAAGAAGAUACGGAUACCUCUUCUAGUAGGGUGGUGCCUGAGUAUUUGGAGCAGGAAAGAGUCCAGAAACUUCUGUUGCUUGGAUUGGAAGGGUCUGGAACCAGCACUAUCUUCAAGCAGGCCAAGUUUUUAUAUGGAGACAAGUUUUCUGUAGAAGAACUGCAGGAUAUCAAGCUUAUGAUUCAAAUCAACAUGUAUAAAUAUUUAAGUAUACUACUUGAAGGCCGAAAGCAUUUUGAAGAGGAGGCUUUGAUAAAGAAAAGAGAUGCUGCCUCUGUUGCUGAAGAGUCCGGCUCAGGUGAAACUGGAACUGAUGAACAUAGGCAGUGCAUUUAUUCAAUCAACCAAAAAUUGAAGCAAUUUUCUGAUUGGGUUUUGGAAUUUAUGGCUAUGGAGAACUUGGAAGCUUCCUUUGCUGCUGCAACACGUAAAUAUGCUCCUGUUGUAGCUGAGGUUUGGAAGGAUCCUGCGAUUCAGGAGACAUACAAGAGAAGAGACGAAUUGCAUUUUCUUCCAGAUGUUGCCAAUUAUUUCUUAGAUCGGGCAAUUGAGAUAUCAAGUGACAAGUAUUUGCCUUCUGAAAAAGACAUUUUAUAUUCUGAAGGAGUGACCCAGAGUAAUGGCGUUGCCUUUUUUGAAUUCUCAUUGGAUGAUCAUAGUCCGAUGUCAGAGACUGACAAUGAAAACUCUGAUUACCCACUCCCACUGACCAAGUACCAAUUAAUUCAAGUAGACACAAAGGGACUCAAUGAUGGCGGCAAAUGGCUGGACAUGUUUGAAGAUGUUUGGGCUGUUAUAUUUUGUGUUGCUUUGAGUGACUAUGAUCAGGUGUGGGCCCAAGGAGUCGGUCCACUGCGCAACAAGAUGUUAGCGAGCCGAGAACUUUUUGAGAGUGCCCUAACACAACCAUGUUUCAGGGAUACUCCCUUCAUUCUCCUCCUUAAUAAAUAUGAUGCCUUCGAAGAGAAGAUCAGUCGGGUACCCUUAACGGUUUGUGACUGGUUUGGGGAUUUCAGCCCAUUAAAACGUUAUCACAACAACGAUUCAUUGGCAAACCAGGCUUAUUACUACGUUGCAAUGAAGUUUAAGGAACUCUAUGCCUCGUUCAGCAACCGGAAACUAUUUGUGUGGCAGACCAGGGCCCGUGAACAGAGCACUGUAGAUGAAGCAUUCAAGUACAUUAGGGAGGUUCUUAAGUGGGAGGAAGAGAAGGAUGAAAAUAUGUAUGGAAUUGACAUGGAUGAUUCAUUUUACCGCAGUGAUGAGCUCGUCACCAUUCAUUAGGCAGGAGUAAAAUUCUUUCACCAGUAGCGAGCCUCUUUAUUGUGCUUACUACUGUUUUUGAGAAAGAGAGAUUGAGUGAAAUUUUUUUUUUUAUUUGGAUAAUUUUCAUAGCCAUUCUAGGCUUUUCUGAAUGCAAAUGUAGGUAGGAAGCAGGAACCAUUUGCCUUUGAAGGCUGGGAGGCUGAUCAGGACAUGUCGAGUAGCUUUGAGGGCCAAGAGGUAUAGUUUUAAGUUCAUAGCGGAUGUUUGAUAGUCACUUACUCUGUAUAGUACUGUUGGUUCACAUUG